AUGUUUGACCAUUUCAAAUCCAAUCGUCCCGAUGGGUUUCCAGAGCAUCCUCAUAGUGGUCAAGAGACGAUCACUUAUUGUUUACUGGGGGCGAUAUGCCAUGAAGACUUUACCGGGUCCAAAGGCGUAUUAUACCCCGGUGACUUACAGUUUAUGACUGCAGGCAAAGGCAUCGUCCACCUGGAGAUGCCAGUACCAUCAGCCGACGGCCAGCCGGCGGAAUUGCUUCAAUUUUGGGUGGAUUUGCCCCGGAAACAGAAGGAGUGUCGCCCGCGGUAUCGCGACCUCCGCGAGUGGGAGGUACCCGUAUACACCAGCGACGACGGCUUGGUGUCGGUGAAAGUGAUCAGCGGGUCGCUGUAUGGUGUGGGAGUAGCCAGAGAGUUCACGUACACGCCGAUCGAGCUCUAUCAUUUCACCGUCAAACCAGGAGCUGAAUGGCGCCAACCAUUAACCGCCGAUUACAAUUACUUUCUUUAUGUCAUUCGUGGCAACGGUCUUAACGUGUCAGGUAAACUGAUUAGUCCCUUUGAGACGGUAUUCUUUAACGAUAGAGGUGACCACAUUCUGGGGUCAGCCACUAAAGAAACAGAAUUUAUUAUCGCGGGGGGGCUUCAACUUGACCAGAAGCUGGAGAUUCAGGGGCCGUUUGUUACCAACGACAAGAAAAGCAUGGCGAAAAAGAUCGAGGCUUACAAGACGCAUAAGGGCGGUUUCGAGAAGCUUAAUACGUGGACGACGCUUAUAUCGGGUGGGGUGACGGCGGACAUGAUCAAUGGCCCGCUUAAGGGAAACCGAGAAAAACGCAACCAGGCAAAGCAGCGCUACUUGCUGCGAGGUUAA